CUCUCUCUCUCGCGCGCGCGCUUGAUAUAUAACCACGCGCCCGAGGAAGAAGCACCUGUUUAUCCACUACGACCUCUUCUCCCCCGUCCCCCUUCACCACAAGAGAGCCAAGGGAGGAUCCGCUCGACCCCAGCCGCCAUUGAUGGCUCGUGCCACCUCCGCAGCGCUCGCGCUGCUCAUCUUCCUCCUCUGCCGGCACGUCCACGCCGACGCGGGCACCACGCUGUCGCAAGGGCAGUCGCUGGCGGGUAACGAUAAGCUCCUGUCGGCCAACGGCGCCUUCUCGCUCUCCUUCUUCUCGCCGCGCGGCGGCGACGGCUCGCGGAUGUACCUCGGCGUCAUGUUCGCCAAGGCCGCGGAGCCGACCGUGCCGUGGGUGGCCAACCGCGACGCGCCGGUGAGCGCCACGGCCUCGUCCUACUCCGCCACCGUCACGGACUCCGGGGACCUCCGGGUGAUGGAGGGGGAGCGCGUCGUGUGGCAGACCAACACGACCUCGUCGGCGGGGAACUUCACGCUAACGAUCCAGGACACGGGGAACCUCGUGCUCGCCGGCGGGAGCGGCGCGCAGGCGGUGCACCUUUGGCAGAGCUUCGACUACCCGGCGGACACCUUCCUCCCCGGGAUGAACAUCACGCUGGCCCGGCGCGGCGGCGCCGUCGUCAGGCAGACGCUGUUCAGGUCGUGGAGGAGCCCCGACGACCCGGCCCCCGGCAACUUCACGCUCGGGCAGGACCCGCUGGGGUCGUCGCAGCUCUUCAUAUGGCGCCGGAGCGAGGACGGCAAGGACGUGACGCACUGGAGGUCCGGGCAGUGGGCCAAGGGCAGCUUCGUGGGCAUCCCGUAUCGGCCGCUCAACGGGCUGUACGGCUUCCAGCUCUCCGGCGACCCGUCCCAGAGCAACGGCCUGUACUACACCUUCCAGCGCUUCAACUCCUCGCAGUACAGGUUCGUGCUCCAGCCCAACGGCACGGAGACGUGCUACCAGCUGGUGGACGCCACCGGCGCUUGGGAGGUGGUCUGGUCGCAGCCCACGUUGCCAUGCCAGGCCUACAACACGUGCGGCCCAAACGCCGAGUGCUCCGCCGCCGACCACUGCACCUGCCUCAGAGGUUUUGAGCCGAAAUCCGAAGCGGAGUACGGCAGCGGGGUGUGGGCGCAGGGGUGCGUGAGGAGCAGCCAGCUGACGUGCAGCGAGCGGAACGUGAGCAUGAGCGGCGGCGACGCGUUCGCCGUCCUCUCCGGCGUGAAGCUGCCGGACCUGGCCGCGUGGGAGUCGGCGGUCAUCAGCGCGGACGCGUGCAGGCAGUGGUGCCUGGCCAACUGCACGUGCAACGCGUACAGCUACAGCGGCGGCACCGGGUGCUUGACCUGGGCCCACGAGUUGCUGGACAUCUACCAGUUCCCCAGCGGACAGUUCCCCAACGGACAAGGGUAUGACCUGCACAUCAAGGUCCCCGCUUCUGCAUUAGGUUCAGGCUCCAAACGGAGGACAAGGAUUAUCGUUAGCGUACUGUUCGUCCUGGCGGUUGUACUGGCCGCAUGCGGCUUUCUCAUGUGGAAAUGCAGAAGAAGAAUCAGAGAUAAACUCGGCGUCGGUGGCGGGAAAAAGAGGACGGGAGCCGCGCUGAUGCUGCGCCCUGCUACGAUGAAAGCCAAGCAUGACUUCUCAGGGCCGAAGCAGCCCGAUCAGGAGGUGGCGGAGAACGGCGACGGCUGCGAGCUGCCGAUGUUCACCCUGGAGACCCUGGCGGCGGCCACCGGCGGCUUCAGCGAGGCCAACAAGCUCGGGGAAGGAGGGUUCGGCCUCGUGUACAAGGGCAGCCUCCCCGGCGGCGAGGAGGUGGCGGUGAAGCGGCUGUCCAGGAGCUCCGGGCAGGGGUGCCAGGAGUUCAAGAACGAGGUGACACUCAUCUCCGAGCUGCAGCACCGCAACCUGGUGAGGAUCCUGGGCUGCUGCAUCCAUGGCCACGAGAAGAUGCUGGUGUACGAGUACAUGCCCAACAAGAGCCUCGACGCCUUCCUCUUCGAUCCGGCGAGGCGGGGGCUGCUGGACUGGAAGACGAGGCUCCACAUCAUCGAAGGGAUCGCGCGGGGGCUCCUGUACCUCCACCGGGACUCGAGGCUCCGCGUGGUGCACCGGGACCUCAAGGCCAGCAACAUCCUCCUGGACCACGAGAUGAACCCCAAGAUAUCCGACUUCGGCAUGGCCAGGAUCUUCGGCGGCGACAAGAACCAGGAGAACACCAACCGCGUCGUCGGCACACUAGGCUACAUGUCGCCGGAGUACGCAAUGGAGGGCCUGUUCUCGGUGAGGUCCGACGUGUACAGCUUCGGCAUCCUGAUCCUGGAGAUCAUCACCGGCCAGAAGAACAGCAGCUUCCACAACAUGGAGGGCUCGCUCAACAUCGUAGGCUACGCGUGGCAGAUGUGGAACUCGGACAAGGGGGAGCAGCUGAUCGACCCGUUGAUCCGGGCGUCGAGCUCGGCGUCGGCGUCGCGCGAGGCGCUGCGGUGCGUCCACAUGGCGCUGCUGUGCGUGCAGGACCACGCCGGAGACCGGCCGGACAUCCCGUACGUGGUGCUGGCGCUGGGCAGCGACAGCUCCGUGCUGCCGAUGCCGAGGCCGCCCACCUUCACGCUGCAGUGCACGUCCUCGGACAGGGACGGGUUCAGGGGGAAGGCCGGCGACGAGUCCUACUCCGCCUGCGACCUCACCGUCACCAUGCUUCAAGGGAGGUAGUCGUCGAUGCUGGGUAGGGAUGUGUGAAACUUGUGCCGGGCGAUUCUGCUGCUUGUAGAGAUUGUUUCCGUUUGCUCUCUGUACAUGGCGCAAAUUUUGUAACACUGUGUUCUUUGGCAGGCUUUAAACUAGUCUAGUCGAUCGGCAUGGCAACAGCCAACUGUACAUAUCACAGGCUUAGGGAGUCAUCAGUCUGUUAAUCUGUUUGCAUUUUCUUUUGAAUAGAGUCGAGGUAUUCAAU